GAGAGCAGCUUCUGGUUAUGGAAGCGGAGAUUGUAGAGACGCUUUGCUUGUUUGAAAGAUAUUUUCCUCCAAGUUUCUUUGAUAUCAUGGUCCAUUUGACUGUGCAUCUAGGAAGGGAGACCCGGCUUGGUGGACCUGUCCAUUUUAGAUGGAUGUACCCAUUUGAAAGGUACAUGAAAGUCCUCAAAGACUUUGUUAGAAAUCCUGCUAGACCAGAAGGGUGCAUUGCUGAGUCUUAUCUUGCCGAGGAAUGUAUGAAGUUUUGCAAUGAAUUUCUCAAGAAGUCAACAAAUGUACAAGACAAAGUAGAGAGAAACAUGGACUAUGAGAACAGCUCUAUCUUAGAGGGUCGUCCAAUAUCAGCUGGCACAUCAGUUACACUCACUGAAAUGGAGAAGAAAAUAGCACAUCUUGCUAUCAUCCAAAACCUUGCUCUCGUCGAACCUUUUGUAGAGUAAGAAUCCUAUUCUUUAUAUUUAUAUUGUCUUUACUCGUUUUGAUAUUUAUUUCUAAUAUGCACAUUCUCUGUCCAGUGAGCAUCUCCAGUAUUUACAAGACUCAGAUGACAGAUGUAGGAGAGAUGCAUCCGUCUUAUGGAGUAUGCAUACUAAGAAUUUUGCUUCAUGGCUAAAAGAAAAGGUACAAGAUUUGUUAUCUGGUUUUGAUAAUAUGAUAUAGGUGUUUUACUAGUCUUAACUUUUGUAGGUGCCUCUUGAUGCUAAAGAACAUGACGAAACACUCAAGUGGCUAGCCUAUGGUCCACGUUCUUCAGCAAAGUCAUAUACGGGCUAUAUAGUUAACGGUCAGAGGUUUCACACCGCAUCAGUUGAUAUGAAAAGUCAGAAUUCUGGGGUUUACUAUGAGGAUACAGCAGUUUGUUGAUCUAGUGCGAAAGAUACAACACAGGUGGUUGAUUGGGUUUCCUACUACGGCAGAGUAACUGACAUCAUUCUGAUAGACUAUAAUGUCUUCUAUGUUCCUCUGUUCCGGUGUCAUUGGGCUGUAAUGGGUAAUGGAGUGAAGAUUGAAGAUGGUUUCACACUUGUUAACAUGAACCAUAGUCAAGCCUCUUUCACAAGUGAUCCUUACAUAAUGGCUUCUCAGGCGAACCAAGUCUUUUACUCAAGGGAAAAUGAGUCUUCUAACUGGUAUAUUGUAAUGAGAGGUCCUUCAAGAAGAUAUAGUAAAGAAGAUAUUCAAGAGGGAAAUGCUGAGAUUGGGCCACUGCCUACAAAUAUUGACAUGGAAGUUGACAAUGAUGAAGCCUAUAAUGCCAGAACAGAUUGUGAAGUCAUAUAUGUCUGAAACGUAUCCUUACUUUAUGUGCUUGUUCUGUGCUUGUUUGCUUCUGUCUGUGCUUGUUCUGUGCUAGUUUGCUUCUGUGUGUGCUUGUUUUGUGCUUCGUUGUUGUUUUUUUUGGAUUUAACUUUUUCCUGCUCAUAAUUUGAUGCAGGUAAAUUGAGAUGAAACGUGGAAAAAAGAGAGGAGUCAGGAAGUCAACAAAGAAAGUAGUACAAGAAGAUUCAGAAGUUGAGUUUGUCUGUACU